AAAAAAAUGGAAUCGCCAAAUUCGACCACGAAUCAGCAUUCGCUCACGAACAACCUGGUAACGGUGCCGAUACCGAUCCUACCGACGGAGGGAACCUAUGCGUACGUGUUCGUAAGGGGAUCAUUGUACGCCCGUGACAGUUCCAUAUUUGGCUGUUCGGCGGACGAGGUGCAGGCCCUCUCGAAACGCUUCCAAAUAAGCUCGAUUCCCGUCGACAAUGGGGUGGUCAUCAAGGUAGCCCCCUCGCUGAUCAUCAACUCGCUGGCCCAGCUGGGGUACAAAGUUGUAUCGAGCACCGGCGAUGCGGAAGUCGUGUGGACGCUGCAGCGUGAGCUGUAGAU